AUGUCAGCGACCAUCAGUUCCGAGACGAUCGAGCAAGAGCUCCGUCCCAGGCUAUCAGCCGAGGCCCGACUGCAUUUGCCCAACUCGGCGGGCUUCGAUAAGUCGAAUCUGCGCUUCACACAGUACGAGAGGCCGACAUAUCUGGCCGCCGUCGAGCCGGGCUGCGAAGAAGAUGUCAUCCAGGUGAUGAGAUAUGCGAGGGAGAAGGGCGUCCCUUUCGCGCCUCGGUCGGGCCACCAUGCCGUGACGACGACGAUGCGCCACUUGAAGGGCGGCAUCCUCAUCGAUAUGAGAUCCCUCAACAAGCUGAGCUUCGACGCCGAGAAGCAGCAGGUGACGGUCGGAGGGGGCGUGAUAACGGACGACUUUGUCAAGUUUCUCCAGUCGGUGGGAAUGGAAGUCAACGUCGGAUCGUGCCCGACAACGGGCGUCAUCGGCGUCGCCUUCGGGGCCGGGCUCGGCCGCCUCCAGGGCAAAUACGGCUUCCUGCACGACAACAUGGUGUCCUGCAAGCUGGUCCUCGCCGACGGCCGCGUGUUGAACGUGUCGGAGGAAUCGAACCCGGACCUGUUCUGGGCCCUCCGGGGCGCCGGGCACAACUUUGGCGUCGCGCUCGAGGCAACAUUCCGCGUGUAUCCCCAGGCGAACGGGGGCAUACACUACACCUGGGACCUGGAGUACACCCUGGACCAGUGCGAUGACGUCUUUGGCACGCUCAACAGCGUCCACGAGAGCAUGCCGCCCGAGCUGGCCAUCUUUGUGCUUUGGAUCCGUCAGAGCGACGGAGGCAGAAAGCACCACAUCCUCGUCAACGUCGUAUGGUCCGGCCCCGAGGCCGACGCGGACGCCUGGGUCGACCGGUUCAGGCGCCUCGAUCCCGUCCUCGACAGCGGCAAGGUCACGACCAGCUGGGCCGAUCUGCCGUGGACGACGUACAAGGGCAUGAACAAGAUGCUCAGCCGGCCCGAGGUGUGGACGCUGGCGCCCAACAAGAUGAUGGGCGCCGCGUGCGUCGAGCGGUUCGACCUCGCCACGACACGGGCCUUCCUCGAGAGCGUCCGGGACAUGAACGAGGCGUGGGCCGGCAAGGGCUUCUUCGGCGCCAUGUUCGAGUGUCUGCCGCACCAGAAGGUCAGGGAGCUGUCCGACGAGGCGACGGCGUUCCCCUGGCGCUGGGGGUCGAACCAUUUCUUGAUGCUCAUGGCCACGCCGCUCGAUGUGAAACACCAGCCGGCGUUCGAGGCGCACCUCGACCGCUGGAAGAGGGAGUUCAUCGCGACGUCGGGGUACGGCCGGCUGCAGCAGUACGUCAACUACGGCAACACCACCUCGUCGAUGCGGGAUCCUCCCGAGGCGCUGUACGGCUACGAGCCAUGGAGGUUGGAGAAGCUACGCGCCCUGAAGAGACAGUAUGACCCUGAGAAUGUGUUUCGGUGGUAUCAGCCGUUGAUAGAGGAGGGUGAACGAUAG